UCCACCCGCCGGAAGUACGAUUAACAGGACCCUCUGUGGCGCAAAAAUGGAGGAUAACAUUAAAGAUCUCAGCCGACCUCAGAUGUAUUUAUUUGGUUGCUCACUGAAAGCUGAUAAGAAAGAGCACAAAGUUGAUUUGGAUGAUGAUGAGGCUGAACAUCAGCUGUCACUCAAGGCGGUGUGUUUGGGAGCUGAGGCCGAGGAUAAAUUCCACACCGUGGAGAUGGAGGGAUUGACCUACGAUGGCAAAACCACCAAAAUCACUCUUGCUGUUCUGAAGCCAUCCGUUCUGCCUUCUCUAAGUCUGGGAGGUUUUGAGGUCACGCCUCCUGUGUCCUUUCGCCUGCGGUCCGGAGGGGGGCCGGUCUACAUCAGCGGUCAGCAUUUUGUCAGCGUGAAGGAAUCGGAUGAUGAGGAUGAGGAAGAGGAGGAGAAUAAUACAUCGCCAGUAAAGAGACCUUCCAAUAUGACCCUCACAAAAGUUCCUCAGAAAAAGCUGAAAAUGGACUCAGAUGAAGACGAGGAUGAGGAUAGUGACGAUGAUGAUGACGACGACGAUGAUGAUGAUGAAGACGACGACGACGAUGAUGAUGACGAUGAUGACGACAAAGAGGUAAAGGCUGUUGAAAAGAGCCCCGUCAAAACCCCUCAAAAAACCCCAGAGAAGAAGGGCGCAGGUAAGCAGAACGGCUCAACAGACAAGAAAGCCGGGACAUCAGGGAAGACCCAAACACAGACACCACAGAAAGUAAAAGACAAGUCCGAAGCAGGGCCUUCUGGAAAGUCUCCCAGCACUCCCAACCUGAGCGAGGUCAAAAGCAAACUUUCAUCAGCGGCUAAAGAGGGGAGGCCACUUCCAAAGACGGAACAGAAGUUUGAGAACUACGCUAGAAGCUGUUUCAGGAUCUCCGAUAAACAAGUGAUCAAAGACCUUUGGAACUUUUUACAAUCACUAAAAAAGUAAUGGCUGCUCUGCGCUCCCCUUCCCGUCCCGGUGCAGCAGAAGUCUGGGCCGAGCCAGUAACGGCUCUUCAGCUGUGCGAUCUGGCCUCUUCUCGUCUUAACGCGAUCCGCCUGCUCUUCUCUCACUUUAAAGAUGGAUAGAGCAGAAGGAACCUGAGCAAUGGCAGAGAUAUCAUGCUUCAUGUUUUAUGUUUUUUGUUUUUUUUUUAAAUUAUGGAUUUUUUUUUCGCCCGCAGUGGUUUCCUAGAAGAACAUUUAAUGGGAUGUUGUGCUAAAACAGUUAUAAUUUUAAAGGGUGAAUCCCACUAAAUCUUUUUUUUACUAAAUCUUUGCAGCUCAUAGUUCAUCUCAAAACACACAAAAAAAGAAAUGAUAUUUUGCAUGAAGUAAAUGAAGCCUGUUUUGGACUAAAUAAAUGUUUGUUUUUUUUAUUACGAUUUUUCAAAAGACUUAAAUUUCCCCAAAUAACAUAAUGUGAAAAAAAAAAAAAAAGUAUUUAUACAUCAUGGAUUGAUUUUUGUUAGGGAUUAUAAUUUAUGGUGAUUUAAAACAGAUUGUAAUCAUGGUAAAUAAAAAUAUACAGCAUAAAAUCAAUCAUUUUAUUUUAUUAUAAUAGGAAUCAUUAAAAAUAAUGUGGGGGAAAAAGUGAUACUAAUGCAAUAAUGUUAAUGUUCAUUAAAACAGGCUUUGUUGUUUUAAUGCAAAAUAUAAUGUUCUUUUUUUUCUUUUGCUUUUUCGGGUAAAAUUUGAUCCUGAUUGUUUUUGUGAGCAUCACUCUUAAAUAGAAAACCAAUGGUGCUGGUUUAUUAUGAUUUUCUAAAAAGUUUUUGUGAUGCCAUUAAAAAACUAAAACAUUAUCUUGAACAAAAUAGUUUAUUCACUACCAGCCCAAGACCAAUUUGCUUCUUGUGCAUAUUUGAAACCGUAAUCACUGCGAAUCAUCCCGUUAAUUUCUUCUUAUGAAGAUGGCAGCUGAAGUGUAAUAAUGUAAAAGAUUGAGUGGCAUUCUGAGUGUUCCGUCUGAUUGAAGAUUCCGUCUAGUUCACAGUAUUCAGGAUUCUGCCUGGCAGAGAUUCCAAUGGCCUUCAACGUUUAAACUUUACAAUUAUCCUAAGUGCUAUAGACUCUCCCGUAAAAAUCCUCUUGAGAAGAACGGCCAGAAUAUUAUACCUUGUUAAAAAGAUGAAUGUUAGUCCAUGGUUUAGGUCAUUAAAUACGAUAAAAAAAAUAAUUAGUUGAUGUAAAACUUUAAAAUCAUGCUUUCCCUGUUUUACGUUUUUGUCAUAUCAGUUGUUUUUUAUUUUCACUAGGCCAUUUUAAUUUGUUAGCGCUGAUAGAUAAACCCCUUGAAUAUAUGUAGGUGUUUUUGAAGGCAGAAGAAUCAGUCCUUGAGCUGUUUUAAUUGAUUUUGUUCUGUGAACUUGCUACAAGCCUAAUUCCCGACAAUGUAUAUGCUGCAAACAAGCAGUGCGUUUCAACAAAACUCUGUUGCUCCAUCGUUCCUACAAAAUGGUUUGUAAUGCAAUUUUGUUGAUGUCAGUGUCAUUGGAAGCAAUUUAAUUUUGCUGCAUCAUUCUGAUCACUUGCAGCGCUAGUUUGGUUUCCUUUGUUUGGUUAAUCUGUGAAAUAAAUACUGUAUAACAAGUUUUUGUCUGUGAAUUAUAAUCUUGUGAAGUUACCUAUACUCCACCUUUGGGUAACCAAGUGCACCGAUAAGGUGUUGUUGUGACAGCUAAUGUCAAGAUCAUGUUCUUACCACAUAACGUUUUCAGAACAAGACAUCUGGCUAGACUAGCACAAAAUAUAUAUAUAUAUAUAUAUAUAUAUAUAUAUAUAUAUAUAUAUAUAUAUAUAUAUAUAUAUUGCAUCAUACAGUUGCGGCAUGCUUUUAAUUUUCGUGUCCAGCUAUAAUAAUUCCAUUUACUAAUAACAGAAGUGAAUUGAUUGAUUUAAUGAUUUAAUUAUUAAACCUACAUAACCUUUGAAUGUUGACUCAAAACAGCUCUGAUGAAGUAAAUGUAAGAUGAUGCUCUAAACUAUUACAGCGCUCGCCAACAGAGACCAUGCUAAGCACAAAUGUACCUUUCUCUUGCUCUUGAAAGUCUCCAGCCUAUUUGCCCAGCUGAGGUGUUCACCUGAUCGGUUCGUUUGUUCUCUGUUCUAUCAUUGUCUGAAACGGAAACAAUAAAAAAGUGUCAACCAUU